GCAUUAGAAAUUUAUUUAAUGUUUCCAAACGAAUCCUUAAUCUAGCUUACUAUUAAUUAAAGAGAAGACUAAGCACCUUAUGCAAGCUUUAAAAAGUGAAAAACCUUCACAUGGCUAACUAUACCAAACACACCAUUAAUUUGACUUUUGUAAGGUCUUCCAAGUUGCAGUUGCAAAAGACUUCCAAGUCAGAUUGAGAAUUAAAAAAUUAAGGAGUCAAUAAUUAGGUUGCGUUCCAACUUUAAGAAUUCCAAGUGCUCAAAGAAGAGUUUUUUCACUAAUUUUGCUCUCUCACCAACCGACUUUAGUUUAAGGAAAAUGACCAUACUUUUUUUCUUUAUAUAUAGUCCAUAUAUUCACUCAUAAUUUUCAUCAAUUCAACCUAAUUCUCUGCUUCAUUAGCAAAUUAAACUUGCUAUAAUAUAUAUACUAAUGGCUUUUGCUUAUAAUGCACAAGCAUUUCCCUUACUUACAUUAUUGUUCUCAUCCAUGUUUGCAAUUGGUCUAGCCAAUUAUGACUUCAAUUGGGGCUCUACAACAUGGAACAAAACCAAUUUCCCUUAUACUCAUCCACCAAAUGCUACUCACACCUCCAAUAGAUUCAUCGUUGGAGGUUCCGAAAAUUGGCAUUAUGGCUUCAACUACAUGGAGUGGGCUCGAAACAAUACUCCUUUCUUUGUUAACGAUACCUUAGUGUUCAAGUAUGAUCCACCAAAUGCAAAUAGCACCGGAUUUCCACACAGUGUUUACUUAUUCCCAAACUAUUGGAGCUUUAUUAAGUGCGACUUCAGAAAAGCUAAAAGAAUAGCGGAUCCAACUGAAGGUGCAGGGGAAGGAUUUGAGUUUGUGUUGAAGAAAAUGCAGACUUAUUAUUUUGGUUGUGGAGAGCAUAAAGGCAUCCAUUGCAAGACUUGGAACAUGAAGUUUGCUGUGAUGCCUCUUAAACAUUGGCGUUUCUGAAUUAUAAGAGAGCAACAUGUUGGAAGAUUAAUUAUACUGAUUAUAUUUUUUUCGUUAUAUUUUUUUUUGUUUUUUGCUUGAAUAAAUUGGAGUCUAGUCUAUUUCUCUCUUUAAAUUGGUGUUUCUUAGAUUAUUGUUUCAUAUCACUAUUUGUGAACUAAGUUCUAGUCUAUUUAUCUCUCUAAAUUGUUGUGUUUAAAUUGAGAGGAAAAUGCCUCUAUAUAUUUGUCCAAACUUAGGGACUUUUAACA